AAAAUACUUUAAGCUAAAAAUUUAAAAUUAAUUUCACAUUUAAAACUUGUGGUGUUGAAGGUUAAACAUGGAUAUGGACUGUUCAAUUGAGGAAAGAAAUCUUGGUUUUGUUCCUCAACGAGAAAACGUUUAUAACGACCAUCUUCCCUAUGCCAAUCAACAUGAUUUAGACACUGAGUCAAACACAGCUUUUAAAGUUGUGAAAACCAAUCUGGUCAAUGCAGUUUUGCUCAGGGAUUUGAGGCCUGGAGUGACAUACUGGACCAAUAAACUGACAAGGUAUAUCAGACUUUAUGGGCUCAAGUUUUCAAAAGAGGAUCAUAUACUGUUGGUAAAGUUGUUCUACGAAAUUCUUUCUAUUCCUGAAUUGGAGUUCAUUGUUGUUGAUCAUGUUUGUAGCAUCCUUAAGAAACUGCUCAAAAAACGGGAACUUUUAGACAGAAAUGACCUGGUAUUGGAGUGGAGACCACUGCACAGAAUAUGUGAAAAGUAUUUGUUUUCUAAAAUGGAACCAAUGGGCCUGGAGUGGUUUAGUGUAAUGGAUGGAAAACUUAGGGGUUUGGUAAGAUGCUGCCGUAGUUAUUUCCCUCCUAAUGUUACUCAGGAAAUGCUGGAAGAAUGGAGACCAUUGUUGUGUCUCUUUGAUGUCACAAUGGGCAAAGCUUCUCAGUUUCUUGAUUGGUUUCUUCCGACUCUCACUUUCACUGAAGAGGAACGCAAAGUGUCGUGGAUGUUGUGGAAAGAUGAGUUUUUAUCGCUAUUUAAAUCUGUGCGUAACGGACCGAUGUGGGAACAACACUAUGUCAAGUUAUUUGCGAGACUGGCGCAUAAUAACAUUGGGUAUAUUGACUGGGGUCCCUAUGUUGAAGUUCUUUUCACUCGCUUGUUAAGAACCUUUCAACUGCCAGUGGGUAAGUUGCAACACACCACUGCACUUUCCAGUGGACUCCCAUUUGAAGCUGCUGCUUCUUGGAUAAUAUCCAUGAUGGGGGGCGAGAACACGAAAAAAGUUUUGCAAAACCUCAAGCUGCUGUUUGACUGCACAGAAACUUAUUUCCACCCUUCUAAUUAUGGCAAAUGGUCUCCCAACCUGCUUAAUUUUAUGUUCAGCCUGGCUGUCAAAUUUGCUAACAGAAUUCACAGAGAGAGAUACAAGACCAAGUUCUGGGAACCUAAAAUACCGGAAUCACAUUUAAUCACAGAUGACAUUAUUACUGAGUUCGUGAUGAUCUUAAAACCAGUCACGCUCAUGUCACUCUACUCUAAACUUGCAUCCAUAUCUUCACCACGAAUCUUACAAAUAUUAGCAUAUCUCAGGCCUGAGUUAAUAAUGCCUUCACUUGUAGAAAAAACGUACGUAGCUCUAAACACACUCACUGAACCACACCAAGUCCGUGCGUGCCUUUCCGCGCUUUCAUUUUCUUUACAACCAGGGAUCAAAGGUUACCCAGAGUGCCGACAACAUGUCAUACCGCUACUCUUUCAGUGCUUGCCUGGCUUAGACCCAAAUGAUCUUCCAAAAUCUGCGGUGACAUUUCAGUUCAUUCACACCGUGAUGACCCUCGUGCCUGCCAUCGAUUGCAGCUCCAGUGUUGACCGAUUCCCGUCGCUCACAGAGGAGGAACGAGAGCUGUGUUACGCAACAGCACAGUUUGAAGAUUUUCUUCUUCAGUUUUUUGAUCGUUGCUUUAUAUUAUUGGAAGCUCUGAGUCAAGACAAUGAACAUCAAAGCCAGUUACAAGAUGGGGACCAUAAAUCCACUGAGGUUGAGAACGUAUCCGAAAUGUUGUUGGUGACUGCAACAUCCAUUGUCCUCCAACAAGCUUCCAAAGAAAUCUACACCUUAUGUUUAAAGAAGUUUUUCCAAUUCUCCACCACUCAUCUUUAUGAAGGAAAGACAGCAAGGUCCUCCACUUCCACCAUGAUCGCUGCAGCUGCAAAAGUUCAUCCGGAGAUCUCGUUUCCGAUCUUCAUCCCACACUUUGUCUCUGAGAUCAUGAAGAGCUUUGAGGACAAUCCGGAGUCGAUAAAAGAUGAGAAAGUUGACAAACAGGUGUUGUGGGAUUUAACGAUCCUAUCUGAGCUGUGUCGUUGCGGUGCCGUUAAACUACUUGAAUACAGACAGCAGUUAUAUGAAGUAGCACGGAUGUGUCUUUCGAUGAAAUCUAGACAAGGUUAUCUCUUGGGAGCAAAGAUUUUGAACUUGUCUAUCUGCGCAUGGGUUUCCUUUCAUACAAACGAUCGGCGUAAUGUGGGUUAUGAUCAUGAUCCAGAGAAAAGUCUUGUGUUGCGUGAAUGGGGAGCGACAUCGGACCCGAGCAAUAUCGCCAUCAAGUGGCAUGUACCUUCGGAGGAAGAAUUGGAGGCGGCGUUUUCUUGCGUGGAGGAAUUUCUUCUUCCUCAGCUGGAGGAACUGCAGAAGUUUAACUUGGACCAAGCAGAGUUGGAUAAAGACGAGUUGUUAGGCAAAUUGGAGAUAAUUAAAGAUAUUUUUUCUGGUUCAUCUUACCUCAUGCCCAUUGAUACAAAGGACGUAGUCGAUGUCCAACCUGAUUCUCAAGUCUCGUUUAAAAGUUGGAAAGUCAUGACGCUUGAAGCACUGCCAGCUUAUCAUGUUGUUGUUAACCGUGGUGACCGACAGAAUUUACGGCAUCGCAUUUUCACAACCGUCCGUGAAACUUUGUUGAAGAUCCGGCAGUCCAGGGAAGAUGAUGUGAAAUCGAUUUGCAUGAUUAUCAAUAUCUAUAGUCUGUGCGCAGUAAUGCACGAGCUGCCGAAAGCUACAUUUGAUCACCAGUGGAAAGCAUUCGUCGCGUAUAAAGCAAUGAUAAGAGACCCUCUUCGUCAGGACAAAAAAAGGAGUCGAAUUUCUCUGAUUGACCGAGUUUCCCUGCAGCAUAUGAUGCGACUGCUUGCUGUGGAACGUGCAGUGUAUACACGGAUGGAUCACCAGAUUAUGAUGGAUCUUUUGAACUUAUCAGUGUCUCACUACAUGAAGGUGAGAGUAAAUGCGCAGGGUUUGUUCUUCCAUGGACUUCUUCUACUGCCCACAUUCACCUACAAGCACUACUUGCAACCGAUCUUAUCUGCUCUUGAGAACACUCCCCAGCACAACCACCAGCAAUUAAAAGGUGGUUUGUAUCUUUUACUUGGCAAGUCUAAAAGCCAGCAGUUUUUUGGUUGUUUCCAGCGCUGGGAUGUGAUGGAAAAAGUUUGGCCCGCGCUUAUAUCCGCUCCUCACUCAGAAAAACCUUCAAUCACUAAGAUGUACAUCAAGCUUGCCACCAAAAUUCAAGCCAGUUUUAAAACUAUUGCUAUAGAAUCGAAGAUGACAGAAUCAUGCACACAAGCCGCUCUCAAUGUGAUGAAAUGGACAUCCUCGGAUGUUGCGGAGGUUGUUGCAGAAGGGGAAGAGUAUGAGAAAAAGAUGAACGCCAUGAACCUUCAGCUUUAUAACAGUCUCGUCAACAAACUAAUCGAGAUGUUUCACUCAAGUGAGUUGACGUGGAAGUACAUGGAGCUGGUGACUGGGAUGUUGUCUCUUAUGCUCCGAUAUGAUGUCCAUCUUCCUUUGGAGGGGGUGGACUUGUUCGUGAAGCUCCUUGUGGAUGACUCCCUCGCUCUCCGCGAUCUUUCCAUCGCGUGCGUCGCAUCACUGAUGAAGCAGAUGAAGCGUGAGCAUAAAGUUCGGAAGAUGACUUGGGAAGAAAUAUCUGGCGUUGUAAGGGACUCUGAAAGUUUUGGAAAAGUUCCCGGUGACAGACCAGAUAACUUGUGUGUACAAUACAACAUAGAUGAUCUCCCGGAUACCAAGGAAAAGUUUGAGAAAUUAAACUUCAUUGAUAAAACACAUUGGGGAUACUAUUGCUGGCCAACAAAAGUUAAAAUAUAUGCCCCUUUUAAUGAGCAACCAAGUUUAGAUCGUACAGACAACAUGAGCGCUUCAGAACAAGCGGUUUAUAAUAAAUUUACAGACCAAAGUUUCGUGGAAAAAUUCGUCAAUUUUCUUUGCUUGGAAAACGAAAAGGGCAAAGACAAAUUUGACCCAAAACGAGUAGAUUUGUUCCGAGGGUUAUUCCGAAACUUUGGUGAUUCAUUUCUUCCUUUGUUCAAAACUCAUAUACAACGCUUGGCUCUGGAAAAGAGGGAGAGCUACAACAGAUGUUGCGCUGAAAUUGUUGCCGGCAUCGUGAUGGGAAGCAAACAUUGGGACUUCAUGAGGUUGGAGAAGAUGUGGAUGUGGUUGAUCCCUGCACUGCGGGAUGCGGUUGCCAACAUCAGUCCUGAAACAAUGAGGGAUUGGGACAAGGCGUUCGCAAACAUGGUUCAAAAUCGGGACCCACGUAGAAUACAUUGGUUGAUCGAUUUUCUUGUUAGUGAGCCCGCACAAGCAAGCACAAGUGCAUUGGUAGAAUCAAGCAAACUCUAUGUCUUACAGGGAGGAAUUCAUCAGCAGGAAUGGAGGGUCCCACAACUUCUUCAGAAGAUUUUAUCUAUGGUUGAACCAAUGAUUGGUCAUCCCUACAAAUCUCUCAGAAACCGAAUCGGUAGCGUGUUAGCGAGUGUCUUCCUCUUUGAUUUAGAGGUGAGCGGAGAGAAGCAGCUUGUUUCUCGUACUCCUAGCGUGAGUGAUUUCAUGGAUCGGAUUCUGCCUCGUCUCGAUAUUCUGCUCUCGGAGGAAACUCCUCCGCUGAGCAACGUGUCAUCUGAAUCUUCUGCCGGAUCAUUUUCAGGUGAAGAUUUAGAGGAGGAGAUCAAUUUAUCUGCUCCCUUGGCUCCUGCUAUCAUUGAGCAGAUACAGAGUGGAUUAAGAGCGAUGCUUCCUCCCGGAUCACCCGUUCCUGAAAUCUCGAGCAUCCGUGAUCAGUUGAACACCGAUGCUUUGAUGGGAUCGAGUCCCCUUCUUCAGAAGUUUAAAAAAGCAAUGAAAGAGAGUGGAAGUCCCAACAUCCAGCUGGAUGACUCUCUCACAAUGUCCGUGGAUGCAGAUAGCGUGAAGAGUGAAGCGGUUCGAGUUUUUAAAACCGUGAUGAAGUGGGUGGUCAGCGCUCAACGUAGCACUUUACAACCUUUCAAGACUCCUCUUCUUAAACUCCUUCCUCUGAUCUGCAAGAUGUAUCCCGUGGAUCGUCAAGGAGUGGAUGAGGAGUUACAUCGUAACAUCCUCAUGAGCAUGUCGUGUAUUGCGCAAUGCAUCGUUCCUCCCGAACAUCUUGAUCUCAUCACUUCAUCCAUAGAAAUGAUAUCAACGUCAAAAUCAUGGCACGCUCGUCACUCUAUCCUUCCCUAUAUUCAAGUCUUCGUUUACAACAACUUAUUCGAGGUGACAAAAAACGAAAGUUGUGUAAAAAGAAUACGAGACGUCGUAUUGCAUUUGCUUGAGGAUGAACGACUUGAAGUUUCGAAAAUGUCGCUCGUAACGCUCAGCGGUCUACUACAGUGCCGCGUUAUUCAAAUGGACGACGAACUCUUGUCUUUAGCUUUCAAAAAAUGCAAAACAAAGUUACAGAAAAAGUCGCCGACAACUGAUUCUCAGAAAUCAAUCCUUCGUAGGCAUGCAGGUGUUCUAAUACUGAGUGCUUGUGUCCUAUCUUCACCUUAUACUGUCCCUGACUGGAUGCCCAGGCUAGUAAUGAAGCUGGCUGACCACUUGCAUGACCCACAACCAAUCCAAGGCUCCAUAAAAUCUACUUUAUCCGAUUUCCGUCGCACCCACCAUGACAACUGGCAUGACGACAAACAGAAAUUCACCAGUGACGAACUGGCUAUUCUAACAGACCUUUUGGUGUCCCCGUCUUAUUACGCUUAAGUUAUUUAUUUAAGUCUUGUAUUUUUAUGAUUUAAAAAUAAUAUAGGCCAAAUUUGGUCGACUACCUUAUUCUUUAAUUAUUCAAGUGCAAAUUAACUAUGCUGUUCAGGCUGUACUGUAUGAGUGAUGGACAGUGAAUUUACUGAAAUUGGAUGCAAUUUUUCCUAAACAGAUUUUUUUAACAAUUCAUUUUAGGAAUUUGUUUAAUGUUCUUGUUUUUUCGUGUGUGUUUUUCUCUAAUUCUAUUCACAUAAACAAACAAGUUCCUUAAAAACGGAGAUAAAAUAAAAAGUUACCAUCCACAUUUAUACACUGUGUUGAUACAUAUUUAGUUUCUGUCUUCCAUAAAUUCUCCUAAUUUAUUGUAAAAAUUAACCAUUUACUUAUAGUGUACCAACCAUUUAAAAGACACACAGUAUAUUCUGAAAUGGUCGUAAUUGUUAUUUCACCUGCGUGUUUUAACUUUAUUAAAAUGAUCUUUUUCGCAAGCGUUGAUAUGCUCUUCAAUGGUACUUUCGUUAUUAUCAUAUCCAAAAAAAAUGUUUAUUAAUUUUGUAUGUAAUGUUGAAUCAAUGAGUGAAACUUUUUGUUGUUGCGUGCUUAAUAAGAGAUUUGUGUAAUGACAAUUUUAUUAAAAACGGAUAGUUGUUUUUAGAAUUUA